CCCAAAUGUGUUCUGAUUCAACUUAACACGACACCACUUGACAAUUAUAUCCUACAUGUCUACAUAGUUCUUCUUGAUAUAAGAAAAGAAAAUUAGACAUGUUCUACGACCUGAAUAUUCCCUGGCCAAAGAACGUGCCCGCGUCUGCGACUCUUGAGUUUGCGAAACCGACUGGUCCCAUUGCGGAUCUAUUCAAAACAGUCGCGACGCUGGUAGACUUGGGCUACACGACGAUAGCAUACGACUACGAAGCAGCCGGGAAAACAUCAUCGAUAACCUCCCCGAUCCAAAAAGACGUCUUCGCAGCCUCCUUCCCCGGCAUCACCUUCCUCUCCCGCGUCACCCUCCUCCUCGACGACGCCGCCCAAGCGCAAUCCCUCCCCUCCCUCACAAAAGAAUUCGACAUCCUCGCCGUCCGCCCCACGAACGAAAAACUCCUGCUCGCAGCAUGCACAAACCUCGACAUCGACCUCAUCUCAGUCGACCUCUCCUCCCGCCUGCCGUUCUACCUCAAACACAGAGCUCUCGGCGUCGCAGUCGCAAGAGGCAUCAAGAUCGAGAUAUGCUACUCCCCCGCCACGCGGCAAAACGACCACUACGCCCGCCGCAACCUGAUCUCCAACGCCGCCGCGCUCUUCCGCGCCACGCGGGGGAAAGGAAUCGUCAUCUCCUCGGCCGCGCAGCAGGCGCUCGAAUGCCGCGGGCCGUACGAUGUCGCGAAUUUGGCGACGCUGUGGGGGUUUACGCAGGAAAAGGGGAAACUGGCGGUCGAGGGAGACGCGCGCGCGGUGUGCACGCACGCGCGGAUGAGACGGCGGUCGUAUAAGCAGGUGGUUGAGAUUGUGGGCGAGGAUGGUGAUGAAGAGAAGAAGGAGGAGCAAACACGGGAAGAGAAAGGGAAGGGUGUGGGGAAGAGUGAGACGGGGAAGAGUAGGAGAAAUAGUAAGAAGCGGAAGGCUACUGAUGGAUAAAUACAGAGUUUUUAUGCACAUAGCCCAACAAGAUCAUUGCAG